AUUGAAUAUUUAAGAACCAGUGGUCGAUUUCGAUCGCCUCUUCUCCAACUAUCUUCUCAUCAAAAGCGCGAUCGGAUCUGGGUUUUAUAUUUUUAUUUUUUUCUUUGACAAACCUUCUCCGUGUUUCGUUCUGGAGUAGAAAGUCCCGAUCUUUACAUCGCUUUCUUAUAAGCUCUACCCUUUGCUCAAUCAAAAAAACCCUAAUCUCGAUUUUUUUCUUUCCUCCUAGCAUUGAAUCGUUUGUGUUUUUAUAGAAAGACCGAAACUUUUUUCUUCAAUUUUAGAGAGAUGUCUUCUUGGGCUGGUCCUGAAGAUAUUUACCUUUCAACUUCACUAGCUAGCUAUCUCGAUAGAAAGAUACUUGUGCUCCUUAGAGAUGGUAGAAAGCUAAUGGGAACCCUCCGUUCAUUUGAUCAAUUUGCCAAUGCGGUUUUAGAAGGUGCUUGUGAAAGGGUAAUUGUUGGUGAGCAAUACUGCGAUAUCCCUUUAGGCCUCUAUGUAAUCCGUGGAGAGAAUGUUGUUCUGAUUGGUGACCUGGACACGGAGAGAGAGGAGCUUCCUCCAAAUAUGAUUCGCGUCUCAGAGACCGAGAUUAAAAGGGCGCAAAAAGUGGAGAGGGAAGCGAGUGAGCUGAGAGGAACAAUGAGGAAGAGAAUGGAGUUUCUCGACUUCGAUUAAGCCCCCCUCCCCCCAUUUAUUCUUGCCUUGAUGCUCUGCUUUGGCUCACAAGUUUUAUGAGGAGCCUCCUUGGUUUAUGUGGAUGUAGGCCUCAUUUUUCAUUUCGAAAGUGACAAUAAUAAUCUAGUGUGUACCCUUGUCUUCGAAUCUAUUUUACCCUUUUAUAAGAGAAAAAAAAUCACAAGUUUUAAUC